AUGGGGAAGGUAAAGGAGAUCACACCUUUCUGUUACUCCUGCGUGUAAUGAUUCUGCAGAUUUUUAUGAAAACUGAUCCUGCUUCUUUUGCUUCUGCAGAUCAUAUUUUACGAAGACAGAAACUUCCAGGGGCGCUCCCAUGAGUGCAACAGCGACUGUGCUGACCUCCACUCCUACUUCAACAGGUGUAACUCCAUCAGGGUGGAGAGUGGCUCCUUCAUGGUGUAUGAGAGGGCCAACUUCACGGGGAACCAGUUCUACUUGAGGAGAGGGGAUUACUCUGAUAACCAGCGAGUGCUCGGGAUGAACGACUGCGUACGAUCUUGCAAGAUGAUCCCUCAGGUAGGUCAUGCUUUUUGCUUUUAAAAGACGAUGUUUUGGCCUUUGCAUGAGGAGUAAAGAGAAAGGCACCAAGACUCGCAGUCAUGUCUCAGAUUUGAUGCUUGCUAAGUGUUUGUUUUGUUGCAAAUCAAACCUUCAAGUUUGCAUAGCGAGGUAAAUAUCUACAUUAAAGUCAAGAUGACAGGGUUUUCUGUCCUGUUCCAGCACCGAGGCUCAUACAGGGUGAGGCUGUACGAGCGCCCAGACAUGUCCGGCCAGAUGCACGAACUGAUGGACGACUGCCCCAACAUCCAAGACCGCCUCAACACCUCCGACUUCAACUCCUGCAGCGUGAUGGACGGCCACUGGCUGCUGUUCGAUCAGCCCAACUACAAAGGCCGCGUCUAUUACCUGAAGCCCGGGGAGUACAGGAAGUACAGCGACUGGGGAGGAGUCAGCCCGAAAAUCGGCUCGCUCAGAAGAAUCACAGACUACAGCUAA